UGAAGUAUGGGGGCUCCUGAAGUGUUGCUAUAUGUUAUUUUCCUCACAUUGUCUUCAAUUGGAUUCUUAUUAACAAAACUCUUCUGACAACAGGGAUGUCGUGCAGCUCUCCACACUUGAGAUACGGCAUAAGAUAGCAGAGCUGGAGGCCAGCCUCAGCAGUGACCUUGCAGGCAGUGAGUGGAAAACCCGGUACGAGACCCAACUGGAGCUGAAUGACCAAUUGGAAAAACAAAUCGUGUCUCUGAAAGAAAAAAUGGAAAAGGUCCGUGGAAACCCUUCAGAUAGACUGUCUUCCAUUCGUGUCUAUGAGAAGAUGCCGGUGGAAUCUUUAAACAUAUUACUUAAACAACUAGAAAAAGAAAAAAGGAGUCUUGAAAAUCAAGUGAAAGACUAUGCAUUUAAACUGGAACAGGAAUCAAAGGCUUACCAUAGGACCAAUAAUGAACGUCGUUCGUACAUCGCAGAAAUGACUCAGAUUUCUGGCUUAAGUCAAGUAUCUAAGAGGCAACAGAUGGACCCGCUGCCUAGAAUGAAGGAGAGUCCGGUGAAAACUGGAAGACACAAUUCCAUGAAUCAGAAGACAACAAAUGCCAAGAAAGGAGCAGUUAAAAAGGUUUCAAGAUCAAACCAUCUUCCAAAACUCAACCCGUGAUUCCAGAGCUGGGCAGACUUCUAUUUUUUUUCCCCAUCUUUUUCUUCAUUCAGCGUCUUCAGUUUAGGAAGCUAAUGUUCAAUACAUUCCUCAGGGGAGGAAAUAGAUGAGGAAGAGUGGCUUCUCUUGCUCUUUCAAAAGCUGAUUCCUCUGCCUGCAUAAAAGUCAUGUGUCUCCAGUGACCCUAAAUAUCCAGUACAUGUGCUUGUAGUUCUUAGAAUACCUUAGAAUGGAGUCUGAAGGUUGGCAUCAUCCUGGCACUCUCAGUAGAGUGUUUCUGAUACGCUCUGGCUGCAUUGUUAUGUUGUAUUUGGUUUCUAAAUUGACCAUUAGCUAAAAUUAUAUAUUAUUUUAUAUAUUAUAAAAUAAUAUAUAUCUCUACCUUUUUAUUAUUUUAGAUUGCAUCAUGCUCAGUUCAGCUUUUUACAGUCAAGGUUUCAGCAUAAUCCCAGAUGACAUGUAUAUGAAAGUUUCAGGGAAAUAUUGUUAUAGCAACUUCAGCCAUGCAUUGAGUUGUUUUUGGGGUCUCCCUCUGCUGGUAACCUUGAGGAUUUAGGGCAAAUCCUAUCACUUCAUGUUUAUUCCCUACAUCUAUAAAAUGACUAUGGUAAAUUGUAUAGUUUACAAGAUUUCUUGCAGUCCUAGAAAACCUCUUCAGUCCCAGUGGCCUGCCACUGUGUAUGUGGCAUUAAAGUCAUUUUGUGAUAUUUACUAACUCACAACAAUGGUCUAGUCUUUGGACCAAACUUUGCAAGAGUUUGGAAUACUGGAGACUAGAAUGAAAUAGAGGGAUAAUAAGAAAUUAUUUUUAGGACCCAUGAACAUUAUUGAAAUUUAUUCAUGUUUAUGGUGUUUUGUAACUUGAAUGUUUUUUUGUCAUUAUAAAUCUAGGUCAGAAAGAUCCAUAUAAUUUACUUGUCUAGUUAAAUAAGAGAAAUUAUUGGAAUUUACAUUUCUUGUGCAUGUUUAAGCAAGUGAUGUUUUGAGCUGUACCUGAUGAGAAAUGUCAUUUGUUUUCUUUUGUAUGUAAUAUAUCUUUUACACCUGAGGGGUUUAUGUGUGUGUAUGUAUGUAUGUAUGUAUGUAUGUAUUAUGCAUAAAAUGUACAUGUAUGUGUAGAUAAUAGAACCAUAAUGCUGCACUCAUGAACUUGCAGUAGCUAUGGUUGUCUGCACAAAACCUACACAAGAUCAAGCUAGCCAACAUUCCAGCUUCAGUGACAGAUGGACACAUGGGCCUUACCCUUGCUGAGGAUCUGGUGACAGUGAGGGCUGUUAGGAGAGGGAGAGCCCUUCCUUUUAAGGGUGUGGUCCAUGGUAGGUUCAGAAUGAUCCAGUAGAUGGCCCCAUAUCCAUAUUUUUAUGGACAAUAACUGGCUUCAAUGGAAUAUAUAUGUGUAUAUGUUUAUAUGUGUAUGUAUAUAUAUUUGUGUAUACACAUAUUUAAAGACAUGCUGUUGGAAGGAAAUUAUAAAGAGAUCUGGGAAUUGGGAGGAAGCAAGUGUGUGUAUGGAAUAAACACAUUGUAUACAUGUAUGAAAUUAUUAAAGAAUAAAAUAUAUUAAUAAAAUGGAAUAUUGGCAUGA